AUGACACCUGAUAGUCAGGCUCCUUUCGAUGGAGCCGAUCACUCCAGUUACAGGCAAUCUCUAGUAGAUGUUUUCGGACCGUCCGCCGACUUGUGGAUACCUACAAAUACAGAUACCUGCAAACCAGGAGAUGCCGAGUCGCUGGAAGUUCCAAAAGCCAAUUUCCAUGUACAAUCUUCUAGCGACUUCCCUUAUCAGUACACAUUCUGCGGGACGGGUUUCGACAAGAAAUAUGUUUGGAAACGACAUGAACAGGCUGUUCAUGCACCGUCAAAGGUGUGGGUGUGCGAGCCGUCGGCAUUCUGCGCGAUGGGUGGCAAUCGUCACCUAUAUUAUGGCAAAUGUCCCGUCUGCUUUGAGCUCUUACAUGUUGGCCACUGUCGGCAUCGUUUCCAAGAAUGCUGGGAGCGGCCCGAGAAAGACAGGACGUACUUCCGCAAGGACGCCUUGAUCCAGCAUAUGCACCUCAUCCAUCAUCCCUUUGUCACCCAGAAUCUUUAUGACGGCCGUGACGUGGAUGUGCCCACGGCAUAA